AUGGGCUCCGCUCAGUCCUCCCGAGAAAUGGAGGACGACGACGAGGAAGAAGAAGAAGAAGAUGAGGAGGAAGAUGAGGACGAGCGAAAGAUUCCGAAGCCCAUCAACAAGAAGGUCCUCGAGCAGGAACCAGAGAUCCUCCCGUGCCGCGCAUCGGCGUCCCCUCUCUCCCCGCAGCUCUCCCUUGUAGGGACUCCGAGGGUCCCCAGCGGGCCUUCUAUCAAGGUUUGGGAUCCCUGCAAUGUGCUGGCGCCGGCGCCGGUCUUCUCGAGGGGUUUCGGGCCGUCGGAUUCGUUUGGGGAAAGUGGAGAUCGGGUCAUCGAGGUUUUCCUUAUCAGCCACGGAGAGUGCAGCCUCACCCAUCGCCCAGAUCUCAUCGGCGGUCGGUGGCCUGCGGCAGGGUUGACCGGGAAUGGAGAGCGUCAAGCGCGGGCUCUGGCUGUGUUCCUCAAUUCUCAGGGAGUCCGCUUCAAUGCCGUCUACAGUUCGCCAUUGGAUCGAGCGAUGGCGACGGCAGCUGCCAUUUGCCGGGUAACGACGCAGAAAACCCCUUUAUUUCAGAAGGAUUCAUCCUGCAUGGCCAAAAUUGGCUAAUUUGGUAACUCAAAUCUCUCAGUUCAGCUGUUCUGCGAAUUUCACCAUAAUUACUGCAAAAAAAAUUGUGGAACUCAAAGAAAUUGGGGGAUAAAAAUAACAUUAUAUCUAUAAUGUUUUUUUCAUCUCAUUGAUUUGUGGAUUUUUUAUAGACUAGCGAGUAGCUCCAAGAGCCAUUGAUGAUGUGUUUUGGACUGGCAUCUUUAAUUUUUCUUGGCACACUCUAAUCAACGUGCUUUUUUAUCUUUAUCUGGAAUUUUGAAGAGCACAGAUGCAUUCAAUCAGAUCACUUUCCCUCUUCUGUCUGGCUUUUGGUUCAUACGAUGCUAAACUCAGUUUGCGCGCCCCCCCUUCUUUCAUUCAUAUGCCUUCCAGAUUUUUUUCUGGGGGACUCAUUGGCUGACAUGAAUGAGGUCCAGGGCACUCAAUUGGAUCAUAAAUCUGCUUUUUGAAAGUGUUAUUUAAUAUGGAUAUAUAUAUCAUUGCUCACUGAAAUAUGAUGAGAAUGAGUGGAAAAGGGUCGGCAAGGGGAUGUGUAGAAAUUAAUGCAUAAGGUUGAGUGAGAAAGGGGGAAUGCUAGGACGAACAGCAUCCCAAGAAAGGCAGUUGAAUUAGGGCGGCGAGUUGUCUCUCUCAAAGGGAAGACUGCUACAUUAUCUCACACUUUUUCAGCAUAUGCUAAUAAUGGCUGCAUAUUGUUCCUAGUCAGAGUAGAAAAUUGGAAGCUCUAACCACGAGAGAAGAGAUAAGAAAUUGGCAACAAAAAAAAAAACUCUGUGAAGUAUCCUUUGUUGUAUGAACCAUCCAAAUGAGGUAAACUUUUCUGCGAUUGGCAUGCAGGAGCUGGGUUUCUCGAAGGAGGAGAUUCAGUCCUCGGAUUCUCUCACCGAAAUGAGCCAGGGCCAGUGGGAGGGAUGCCAUCGGUCGGAGGUCUACACCCCCCACAUGGUGAGCCUCAUUGAGCAGACGCAACCAGACUUCUGUGCCCCCUCUGGGGAGUCGCUGAGACAGGUGGAGUUCCGGAUGGUCGAGUUCCUCAAUCGGACGGUCCUCGGGAUGCCAGAGAAGUUUUUGGCGGGUGAUCACUUGCUCCAUCAGAACGAUGGCAAGGACUUCUCCCGCCAGGGCUCCACCAGCUCCGCCCAAGACCGCAACGGGCAAUUUCUCUCUCAAUGGGACCUCCUCCACAGGCAUGGGAGGCAGGGUGUCACUAGAAAGAGGUCUGGAAAGAGCCGGCUCCAGUUUGUGGCCACUGGGGACAACGAGGCUGAGGAGGAGCUCUCCCCAAGGGAUGCAAGCAACGAAGCGAGCGGCACCCGAGGCACAGUCCCGGCCAUUGCCAUCUUCUCUCACGCCAUGCCCAUCAAGUGCCUCUUGGCAGGCCUUCUUGGCUGCAGCCCGGCGGCUUCCAGUAGAAUCUGUAUAGACGACUCCUCUAUAUCUGUCCUGUGGCACUCGCCGAGGACUGGCUGGCAGAUCAAGAGGCUCAAUGACACCGCCCAUCUGAGGCUCCUCUGA